AUGGAUACCACACUUGGCCCAACCAUUCACUGGGGCUAUGGAGUCCCGGAAGAUGUCGAUGCGUUUAGACUGUUCAAGCUCCUCCUCCUCCACCCUGAUGACCUUGAACCCGGACUCUGGAAGCACUUCCUAGCCCGUACCCAGCUGAGCUCCGCGGAGCGUGAGCAGAUGCGCAUCGUCGUGUCGUUGCCAGCAAGUUGGCCGGACACGAUCCUGGCUACAAUGAAGGAUAUACUAGUCCAAGCAGGUAUAAUUGGCUCUAGGCAUGGACACAAUCUCCAGUUUGUUCGCGAGCCGCAGGCUGCGGCUCUCGCCAUGAUAUAUGAUGCCGAAGUAUCUGGAUUUUUGAAGGCCGGUGAUAUCGUCAUUGUGUGUGAUUGUGGCGGGGCUACAAUUGACUGUAUUACCCAACAAGUCAUAUCAAUAUCACCUCUGCGCAUGCGGGACAUAGUUCCAUGUGAGGGCCGGUUUUCCCGCAUUGCCAUGAUGGAAAGUGGCUUUAUAGAGCUAUUGAAGGAAAAGAUGGCAGGCAUUCCCGGAAUCCGGGGCGCUGCUGAUAUCCCAGGGGUAGAGCUCCAACAAAUGGCUGAGAAGGUUUGGCAGAAGAAAAUCGUCAAGAACUUCACCGGGACUGAGAAGUACAACGUCGAGAUUCCUCGAGUACUUCUCUGCGGUCAGCAAGACGAACGGGCAGACUCCGAAAGUGAGGCGAAAGGCGAACCCUACCUUCACUUCAUGUUCCGAAACUAA